AUGAAUAUUACCACAGUGCCGACGUCGUCCACGCCAGGGCAGCAAACUAAUGAGAGCAGCGGCGGCAGGGACUCAUCCAGCAACAAUACAGACCCGGGGCACAGCAACAACACGGGUGUCACAGUCACGUCGGGGGAGAGCCCAGCAGCGGCUUGGAUGGUGCAGCCCCAGUGCAGUGGCGACUACCUUUUCAGGAUUGAGAUCGGCCAGCAUGUGUGGUGGCGCUGGGUGGUGGUGGACAUCGAUCCUCCACGGCUUUCUGGGCAGCUGUCUGUGUCAAAGGCAUCGGUGGCGCUUGGUAACCGCACCAAAGCCAUACAGAUGGGCAAUUCCAUUUUCCCAGUCUUGCGAUACUUGCUGGUUUUGCUUAAUAUGUCCGAGCCCGUUCACAAAUUUGACAUGUCAGCAGCUUUGCAGCUCAGUGACAGCGUAUCGGUCCUCCGUGCGGAGUGCUUUGAGGACAUUGAAACGGCAGCAAAGAUAGCGGGAGACGCGCCGACAACGGUGGCGGCUUCGUCGUUUCCUGACGGGCUGGCAGGGUCACCACCGAUUGCGUCGCCCACCAUCGGCCAGCUAAUGCAGCUCAGCGAUGGGUUCAUGAGGAAAUAUGUAAUGGCAUCUGGCAUGGGGUUCGUGCAGUCCUGCCUGGCGGUGCUGUACGGCCCGGAGGGCAGCACGGCGUCUAUUACGCUGCCAAAGGGCGUUUUGAGCGAUCUGACAGGCAACCUGAAUACGGAGUCGUUGCAUCUGGAGACAAAGUUGCCCGGGAUAGCAAUAGGGUCAUCGUCUGCUCCCAUUACUGGGCUGGGUGGAGCCCUUAUGACGACCUUCACCUCCAGCGCCUCGGUUACCGCUGCCUCUACGUCCUUCCUCUCCGCUUUGACCUCCCGUCUUAGCAUGCUGAAUAGUGCAUACCAUUUCCAGGUUAGUGCGCUGGCUGACUCGCUGGAUGAGGGCGAGGGUGGGUGUGGGUUGCUGGCCAUGACUGCUAGCCUUGCUUCACCUGGUGUCAGCCAUCGCUAUCGUCUUGUCGCGGGUAACCUGCGCUGGUCAGUCAUGAGCAUCCAGGGCAACAUCCCGAUCCUGGAUACCGCCUUUGGCAAACCGAUGGAGGUCAAGGUGGCAGACCAGGUGAACUCAGCCACUGCUGGCCUGUGGUCGCCAGUGAACGGUACCGUAGCUCUGCCAGUAACACCACCUUCAGUGUUUCCAGCAUCGGCACCCCCUGAGUUUCCGGUAGUAAAGGACAAUGCUGUGGACGGUCUACAUCGCCAUCGGGAUCGCUUCCUGUCUUCAGCAGCUGCUGAAGAGCUGAGACAGCUACAGGAACACACCAUCUUGGGGCCAGCGGCCAUGCUGACACCGACACCAGGCAACCAAACAGAUAGCAGGCAGGCACCGCCCUUCAGCAAUGGUUCUUCAGCGGCCCGUGAAGAGACUGCUGGGGACCAGCAGUACACGCAGCUGCAGGAUGUGUUGACUUCUUUCCUAAAAAGCUUGUCACAGUUCACCAACGGCAGCAACAGCACCAACAACAUGAACAUUAUAUCAAACCAGUAUGUGAUUGUGGGGGUAGCCAGUGGCAACGGUACCAAUGGCUCGGUGAUCCUUGACCCGAGUGGACGUGUGGUGUUUAAUGGUGGAAACUCCACUGAAUCACCAUCACCACCGAUGAGUUCGUCAUCCAAAAAGGCCGCAACCCCCACAGUAAUUCAGAUCAGCACUCAAGACAUGGUUUAUACUGCCGCUACUGUGGCACUCCUUUUAUUCGCCGUGACACUUGGUCAUACCGUGGUAGUCAUUUUAUAUCGCCUGUAUUUGGGACCAGAUCUACCAGCCGUGCUGCAUUUCCCACGGAUAGAGAUAACCCUGGCAAGCCCUCUGCUGGUAGCAGUAACAUACUAUUCCUGCCUCACGCUCAGCGCUCCUGCGGCUUCACAAAGUCGUGUCAGCUACAUCCUGGCGGUGUUCGUGUUGGCGUGCAUUGUGCUGCCCUACUUUGUGCUGCUCUGGUGGCUGACGGUGUGCCGCUGGUACCUGGAGGAGAAGCCAUCCUAUUGCACAUCACCCACUCUAAAUCAGCAGCUUCAGACAGCAGUACUAGUGGACACAAGGCGCGAUGAGGGCAGUCGUAAUGGCAGCCCUUUACCGUCAGCUGACCCCCAUGGCCGGGUCGGAGGCGGCGGAUUAGGCGGCUGUAGGGAUGAUUAUGGCACAGCAGGGUACCAGCAGACCUUGGAUGGGGCUGAGACGUUGAUGAGCCACGGUUGUAAUACCCCAAGGGAUCUGAAGCUAACUCCUGGCAACCAUGUCUUGGACAAAUCACCAACAGCAGCAGGUAUAGCAGAGAACCAGCCCUUCAUUGAACAGCCGUGCGAUCCGGCGCUCCCUGCAGAUCUGGACACACAGCAAACUGGCAUGCAGCAAGCGGACCCGAUGCUAAGUGGAUGCAACAUUAUAGCUGCAGGAGUUAAUAAUGAGGCUGCUGUUGGCGCUGGGGUUGAGCGUCCUAGCAGUACUGCCGCCGCUGCCUGUACCCUUCACAGGAAGGCUUCAUCUCAAAAGACCAGCAGGACAACAGGGCAUGCCAGCAAUCGGAAUAUCUCUCCGGGAUUCGUUGCUGCACUCGGUAGCAGUGCUGGAGUACCUUCUAGCUGCGACAAUGACCAAGGGCCUCAGGCAGCACAGGGCAAGCCGUCGGUGAUGUCUUUGGCAGCAAAGGUUACAGCUGCCGCAGCAGCUAAUAAUGACGGCUCCCUGGUUUCCAUGUCUGCCGGUACAGCUAUAGCAGGCAGUAUUGCUGUCGGCUCUAUGAAUCAUAAGGCUGACCCCGCCCGGAGCAGCAUAUCUCUCCCUCCUAUUGGAACCGUUUCUAGAACAAGGAGGCCAACCAACUUAAUGGACAACAUGGCUAUGGCAACUAGCACCCCACCAACUUCUGGUAGGUCCAGGGAUGAGGUGUGUUACAUGGUUGGGUUGCAUGACUCCAUACCUGUAGAAAUACCCAUCAUGGGCGCGUAUGACACUAGCCGAAGGCCCAAGGGCAAGACCUGA